UGUCCCUUUCAAUGGAGAGUGACUGUAUAGAUCAAUAAUGAGGACCAGCCCUCGCAGGCCGUUAAUUCUCAAAAGACGGAAACUGACCCUCCCACAGAAGGGUGCAUCCAGUACUUCAGCGAGAGAUGAGAACAGUGGUCAGGAUGGAAAGACCCCUAAGCAGGAGCACAGUCAGGAGGACCAACACAACAGGCAACCCAGAGACAAAAUAGACUGUGGUCUGCAGAAAUUCCAGAUAAUCGACCAUCCUACCAUGCCCAACACACAAGUGGUGGCCAUUCCUACAAAUGCUGAUAUCCAGAGCAUCAUAGAGGCACUAACAGCAAAAGGAAAAGAAUGUGGCAAUAACGGGCCCAACAAGUUCAUUCUCAUUAGCAGUGGGGGCAUGUCCCGUUAAGCAGGUCCAACACCAUCGCUGCAUCUCUCUCCAGAGAAGAAACCCAGUGCAGCAACCAAGGCUGCAGAUGGUCAAGAAAGAGACAAGAAUGUUACACAGAAACCUGGUCUUGCCCAGGGGACAAUGCUCUGGCAUUCAGGAAUUGAUUCUGUGGUUGGACAGGAACAGAAGAGCAACAGUACUGGCGAGGCAAGGAGCUCUGUGUUGGACAACAGUCUCACGAACAUCCAGUGGCUGGGGAAGAUGAGAUCUGGUGGGCUAAGUCCCUGUUCUGUGAAGCGAGAUGCAGAGAAAGAGAACCAGAUGCCUCUGCCGAAAAGAAUAAAGACUGAAGAAGAUUCUGCUGCUGCUCCUAUUCCUACUGCUGCCACCACCUCCUCCUCCUCAUGCCCAGAUUCAGUAUCAAAACGACCUCCUUACUCCUACAUGGCCAUGAUCCAGUUUGCCAUCAACAGCACUGAGAAGAAGCGUAUGACUCUGAAGGACAUCUAUACCUGGAUUGAGGAUCACUUCCCGUAUUUUAAGCAUGUGGCUAAACCAGGUUGGAAGAACUCCAUUCGGCACAACCUGUCCCUUCAUGAUAUGUUUGUCCGUGAGACAUCUACUAAUGGUAAAAUCUCUUUCUGGACUAUUCACCCUGAUGCAAACCGUUGCCUAACAUUGGACCAGGUAUUUAAGCCGCUGGACUUGGGGUCACCAACAUCGCCUGAGCACUCUGAAUCACAGCAGAAGCAACAUCUUCCUGAUCCCCAGAAGAACAUAGGAAGAAACACCAGCAGCAAAACUGAAUCCCAGAAUGCACGCCGAAAGAUCAAGCCUUUGCUUCCUCGCAUCAACUCCUACCUGGUUCCAAUCCAGUUUCCUUUGAGUCAGCCUCUUGUUUUGCAGCCUUCUAUGAAGGUUCCUCUGUCUGUGGCACAGGGAUCAUCCCUGAACAGCUCAGAGACUUUUCGGAGCAAUAAGCGUGUGCGCAUUGCUCCAAAGAUGUCACUCUCUACUGAAGAGUCAUCCUCUUUACCCAUAACUGCUGUCAAGGAGGAGAGUCAGUGUGGUGAAGGUUUAUUUUCCCCAACCCAUUCCCUAAAGGAGAGCAGCUUCCAGCCUGAUGAGGAAUCAGCUUCUUUCCCUGAGAGUGUCUCUAUAAAGAAGGAAGAAGGCUCUCACCUGGAUGACUGGUUGUCCCCAUUUGCCUCAACCCUAACAGUAAAGGAAGAGCAAGGCUUGUUCCUCCCAGUCUCAUCCACAAAAGAGAAGAAAAAAUUCACCAUACUGAAGUCACCAUCUAAGGGUGUUUCUGACACGCUAGUUAUAAGGAGGCGGGAAAGGCAGGAAACAGGCAGAUCCAGAAGGAAACAGCGCCUAGCACAGCCUUGCUCAGAAGAGCCUGUUGUUGUUUUGCCAGAAAGCACUGGCUUUGACCCUUUCCGGUUAGGGGCAGACCCUGCCUUCCUGCAGGAAAGUCAGCCUGUUGAGAAUGUAUCACAUCUCAGCUGCUCACAUGGGGAAGAGGGGCCCUUUAAAACACCAGUCAAGGAGAUGUUCAGCAAAUUACCAGUUUCUUCUACUCCCAGCAAAGUCUUGGCAACUACUACCCCCCCACUAGGGGGUCUUGACCCCUGGAAGUCUGCAUCCUUAGCCAAGGGAAGUCACGAGCUGGACUUCAGUCCAGUGAGAACCCUUCAGCUGCCAUUCACACCCCUCCAGGACAACCAGGACUUGCUGGGUUUUAACAGCACACCUCUUAAAAAUCCCCUCUUUGAGUCCCCUCGGGAACUGCUCAAUACAGAAUCCAGUGCCAUGGUGCAUGCCCCCCUCACGAGCUCUCCAGCUUUUAUCCAUGAGACUGCUAAGCAAUCAUCUGUUGAACUGCCAGCCUCUGGCUUUACUGAAAACCGCUCACUCAUGGAGGGCCUUAUCCUGGACACCAUGAAUGACAGUUUGAGCAAAAUCCUUCUAGAUAUCAGCUUUCCUGGUCUUGAGGAUGAAAACUUAGGAACAGACAUUAGUUGGUCUCAGCUUAUACCUGAACUGAAGUAA